GGGUUAUAGCUCAGUCAUGUGACUUUUUUAGAGAGUGCCCGCGUAAGACCAAAAACUAGAGAACAAAAGUCUUUAUACUCUCUUGCUCUUCUCUUCUUCUAUUGCUUUGUUAUUGUGUGAUUGAUUAUUGGAGAGAGAGAGAAAGAAAGUGAGAGGUUGAGAGAUACCCACCUCAGUUUUCGCUUUCUAGCUAGGAAACAGGUUGAAGAGAGAAGUAAUCUUAGAGAGAGAAAGAGAGUUACUUCUGUUCCGAGGAGAAAGAAACAAAGAAAGAAAGCUAUAUUUAUUCCAAAGAAGAAAGAAAGAAAGAAAAGAGAUCUAAGAUUUGAUGAUAAUAUAGGAGAGGAGAAAGGGUUCACAACACUAGUAGUUGAAAAAAAAGAAAAAAAUUGGAGAAAGAGAGAAAAAGGAACAUCGUCAGUUGUGGCUACUACAAGGAGGCUGCCUUCAGAUUCUGGUGCCUUUGCAGACUGGGUGGCUUCAUCCUCCUCUGCAGCAGCCGCAGCCGCAGCCGCAGCAGCUGCAGCUGGCCGUCCCACUGUUCCAGACGAUUUAUCACUGAGCUUCAAUGCUGGGCCCACAGCCGGAGCCACCUCCUCCGCUAUGUGGUCCGGUCCAUCUUCAAGGUCCAUCAACUACGGUCUUCCACCCGAGAUGGGCAUGGUGGGUCUUCGAGACGUCUUCGUCGUCGCACCAGCCUCUUCUUUCCACCACAACAACCACCAUCCCCACCACCAUCUCCACCACAACCUCAACCACGACCCAAACCUCAUCUCCGACCACUCUCUCAACGGCUCCAACCCUGCCACAGCCCUCGGCGUCGGCGUUGGUGUUGGCGUAAUCCCAUUACUAACAGCAGCUCCUUGUCUCGGUCCAUCACAUCUCGAUGAAGCUACCGAGGCCAAUGCACUAGGUUCUUCCUCAGCUGCGGCUCGAAGCCGAAAUGGCGGGAUUCAGCUGUGGCAAAGUCAGGCUCAACAGGCGGCUGCUGUCUCGGCAGCUCAAACUCAACUCCAUCCGCAUUUCUUUAAGAAGCCCUCGAUUCACGACCACGGAAACAGCGAAAUCGGGGGCAAUUUGGUAAUUCAGAGCGGUGGAGGAGGCGGAAUUAAUGUCGGGUCUGGAUCGACGUCGUCCUCCACAGCAACGUGUCAAGAUUGUGGGAACCAAGCCAAAAAAGACUGUACCCAUAGAAGGUGUAGAACUUGUUGCAAGAGUCGAGGUUUCGACUGCUCCACGCACGUGAAGAGCACAUGGGUCCCGGCCGCUCGGAGGAGAGAGCGUCAGCUCAUGACUUCGGCCGGUCCUGGUGGCGGAACCGGACCUGGGUCUUCCGGGUCGACUUCGGGUGCAAAGAAACCUAGACUCAUUGCCUCCCAAACCACUUCUCACACUUCUACUUCCAACACUACUCCCCCUAGAAGCUUCGAUACCAGCUCAAGUCACCAAGAUGCGAGCUUCAAAGAAACGUUGCCGGGUCAAGUACGUGCACCGGCGGUUUUCAAGUGCGUACGAGUGACGGCUGUGGAGGAUGGAGAAGACGAGUAUGCUUAUCAAGCGGUUGUUAAGAUCGGUGGUCAUGUUUUCAAAGGCUUUUUAUACGAUCAAGGUGUCGAAACAACAACCCGCGAUAAUAGUACUUUUCCAAAUCUUUCAGAAUUGCAUUUGGGUGGCGGAGGAGGAAGAAAUGGGGCGUCUUCUUCGUCGCCAAUGCUCGAUCCCUCCGAUGUCUACGCAGCCUCCACAGCAGGUUUGCUCGGAGGUUCCACCUAUGGUAAUCCAAUAAAUUAAUCAAAAAUUGUUGCACUUAUUGGGAAUGAAAAUAACAUUCUUAUUGUAUUUUUUGAAAUCUUAUUUUCAUUCCUUCACAUUUUGUUUUUCCCUACUAAUUAAUGAUUUUAUGUUGAUCAA